AUGCUCGACUCAACCUCCAUCUCGACCCUCAUCCUCCUCAGCGCAGCCUCUCUCCUCCUCCUCAUCGUCAUGCUCCACCCCUCCUCCCUCCUGCGCUGGCUCCAGCGCAAACGCUACCAAUACGAAGUCACCUACUCGCUCUACAUGCUCACGCCGACGGAGAAAUUCAUCUUCAACUCAAUACUCUUCCUCCUCCUCUCCCUCCUCAUCAUCGCCGCCUCCCUGUACCUCCCCGAGCACGUCCUCAUCAUCACGAAACGCAUCCUGUACUACUUCUCCGGCGACGAGCAGACGCUUUCCAAGGCGGUUGCGUCGGCUGGGGCGUCUGCGAAGCGUAGAGCUGCAGAGGUGUUUGCGUCGAGUAGCUAG